UUUGAAAAACACCCCUCUCACUCGCAAGGGACAUGGUACAUUCCACGACGCGUCACCCAUUGUUUACAAAUGAACUCGGAUGGCUUGUUGGUUUACUGCUGAGCGGCGUGGUGAGAGCGAGGAGCAGCAGCAGCAGCCCGGCGGCUCUCAGUCAUACCGAGAACAAAAACACUGAAAAAGCCCACUCACAGAAACUCGACAACGUAUCCGCCAUUAUGCCGUGUCGGAAGGAGAACUACAUCUUUCUGGAGCAGUCCGUUACGGUCGGCUCCAAAGAAGUGGACGCGCUGGUUACGAAGAUCGGCGAGGCGCUGCAGCUCCACAACAAUAGCGGCGGCCACCAGAAGACGUCGGUGUCCGUGUCCAUGUCCUGCCUACACGGGCUCACCGGCGGCGGCGGCGGCUCCGGCGUGGUCAAACCGGCAGCCAUAAUCGGCGGCAACGCCGGGGGAGCUCCAUCGCAAAAACAGAAACACCACGGCUGCUGCAUGCGGCUCCGGAACCGGGGACACCGGGGGAGCAGCAGGGCAAGCCCCUAUAACAUCCCCGGAUCUAACAGCGACCAGGACUGGGACCAAAAAAUCAAACCGUGGAACAAAAAGAGGAUCAACGUGGAGGAGGACGAUCCGCACCGACUGCUGCAGGACUUAAUUUUGUCGGGGAACCUGAUUAAAGAGGCUGUGAGAAGGCUGCAGUUCUCCGGCGCAGACUGUGGAGAUUUCCCCAAGACGGCGGACAGUGUGCCGUGCUGAGAACCGGUGUGUCUCCCCCCUUUUCCCCUGGAUGGACACAACAAAACUGAGACUGUUUAGAAUUAAAUUUCACAGGACUGUUUUUUUUUUAUUUACAGGACUGGUAGCUAUGUCUUUUUAAUUUCAUGAAUUUUUCAAUAAUUAGCAGUGAGCCUAGCUAGCUUACUUUAGCUCGCUAGCCACCCGGCUAAUGAGCCGUGUUGUUUAUGUUUGAAUGUCUCCUUGUGGGUCAGACGACCGGGGGUAGCAGUGGAGCUCUGAUCCGCCAGAAACUCAUUUUUUACCGGCCUUUUCUUAAGAAAUGACCAUUAUUUCACCCUUUUUAACGACUGAUGUUGUCAUCCUGUGAUGUGAUUUAAAAAAACACAGCUCACACGGAGGAUUUUUGUGUCUCCUGUGAUUCCUGAACAAUGUGUUUUUUUUGUUUUUUUGAUGAAUGGUUGAGUCACAGUGAACAGUAACAGGAAGUCAAAGCCUAUUCAUUUUUUUUUGUUUUUUUUUUAACCACUGCAUCCUGGAAUUUCGUCCAUGUGUUUCAGGGGUUUGGGAGGAAGGUUUGCCAUUCCCAUGCUGUGACAACAGACCGUUUUUAUAAUGUGAGAUGUGGGGGUUUAGUAGUCCAUUUUGUUUACUAUCUAAUGCUGGCUGUUAAUGGCUGUAGUCCCCUCCUCCUCCUUUAUUAUUCUCAUUUCAGGUUCUUCAGUGGGUUGUCCUUUAACUGACCUGGGAGCAGCUCAGGAAUGUGGGUUUAUUUUCCAAAAAAAAGCUGAUGUUACAGGACAACACACUGCACCUCUUGUCAAUGGCAGCUCUUCUAAAUAGUUUUUUUCUUCUCAAGGGCGUCUAACAUUUGCAGGAGAAGGGGGGGGGGGGUGCAUGGGGAAAGAAGAGCAAACAUGCCUGUUUCCCACAGGGCUUUGGGUGAUGUGUAACUGUUUGUAAUGGUUUUUUUCGGGGGGGGUGGGAGAAAAGGUUGGCCGUAACAUGGCAAUACUUUUUGUGGUGCUUUCACAUUUUUGGAACUACUACGGAGAGUUCUGUUUUUUUUUUUUUUUGUAUUCAUUUCUUCUGUGUAAAGAAAAGACAAUUGCCACUCCUGCUUCGUAACGAAGUAUCUAAUGAUGUUCCUGAGUAUUCAGGGUGUUUUUUUUGUUGUUGUUGAUGUCUUAAUAAACUUCUGUUUUUCCAAACUUC